ACUGCAUUUUUAGCGUCAUCGCACCCCCAGAAUAUUUCGAAUAUUUUAUAUCAAACGCCCCGUUCAUGAAGAUCUGUCCGGCGUAUGCAAGGCUGUGCAACAACAACUCGGGCCUUCGUGACACAGUACUCAGUACUGACCUGCGGGCCGAAGAUCGUUACUGGCUUUCGAAGCAAGGGACUAAAAGCUUACACGAAUUCUCCAACGUCGUCACAGACGGUCGAAAUGGGUGUCGGAGGGUUGGAUCAGCCGUUUUUCACGCUCCACGAUGAAACCAGCGUUGAUGCUGCGCCCUCAGAUCCUCGUCACGCAAGACUUGGCCGUAUCUCAGUGAAGGCCCGGAGGACUCUCGACACGCCGAACUUCCUCGCCCUCACUUCACGUGGUGUCGUCCCCCAUAUCAGCCCAGAUGUAGUAGGGGAGCAGACAGAGUUUGCCGGCGUCUAUACCGCGAUUGAAGACUAUGUCGAAAAGGCAACGAGAGGAGGCGUGCCUCCAAUCAUGAGGAUGCCAGCUCGGAAUAACACGCCGCUUCACUGCUUCACUGCUUUACCACCUUCCCUCAUCACCGUUAUGUCGCCACGCCGCUCACCGGCUGUCAGCUCACCCCAGGGCAACCCAGACAGCGGCCUUUCUAUAUUCACCUCCACCGGUUUCCAGUCUCUCAGCUCGCGGCGCUAUGCAGAGUAUGCAAAUUACAUUAAGCCAGACAUCACUAUUGCUCUAGGAGAUUUGCCAUAUGGGCCAAUGCCAGGCAAGAAGCGGGCCUCUAAAAUGUCUGAAAGGACUUCGAUGUGGGUUGACAAAUUCCUCUCCGAACUAUCAAAGUCCCCCGAGUCACCGAAUGCACCGGCAACAGCCGUCUUUGUGCCAAUCUUGACAAGAGACUAUCAAUCUCAGUUUGAGUAUAUCGAUCAUAUUUCCGGGGACCUCGCCCCCUCGCUCUCCGGCCUAGCAUUCUACUCCUCCUCCCUCCUCCCAGACCUCCCGCAAACCCCCUCUCUCAACCGCCUCGUCCGCCUCUCUCUCGACGAGCCCUCCUCCCCACAUGAGAUCCUCCGCCAGAUCUCGCUCGGUAUGGACGUCUUCACCAUCCCAUACCUCACCUUCGCAACGGAUUCCGGGCUCGCCCUAACCUACGAAUUUCCCCGCCCGUCAGCCCCUGACUCCUCAAACCCCUCCGUCGAGGGCACAUCCCUCCAACCCCUCGCCAUUGAUCUCUUCUCCCCGGCCUACUCCACCGCCGUUACCCCGCUCAUCCCCACCUGCACAUGCUACGCCUGCACAUCCCACCACCGGGCGUACAUCCAGCACCUCCUCAGCGCAAAAGAGAUGCUCGCCUGGACGCUCCUUGCACUCCACAACCACCACUCCACCUCGACGUUCUUUGCUGCUGUUAGGAAGUCCAUCACCGCUGGUACAUUUGAGGCAGAUAGGGAAGUGUUUGAGCGGACUUAUGAGACCGAGCUCCCUGGGGCUACGGGACAUAAGCCCAGGGCGAGAGGGUACCAUUUUAAGAGCGGUGCUGCGGAGCCGAAGCGGAAUAAGCCAGCUUGGGGGGCGUUGAGGGAGGGGGUGGGCGCGACGACGCAGACGCCGCCGUUAAUGCCAGAUGAGGAUGCGAAGACGUUGGAUGAGAAGGGGUUUGCUGAGGAUUUGGCUGAUAGGCCGGAGUGAUUGGAUUAUGAAAAGUAGAUGUUAGAUAUUAAUAUGCAAUUCUAGCAUGCAAACUUGUAUUAUCAUGGUUGAAUAUUAUGAGGUGCGGUAUGGCUGACAAUAUAUUUUGUGAUGGGUAUUUAUUUUGAAGAUAAUAAAUAAAAUGAUUUGGAUGUUAUUGCUAGUAGGUUGGUAUAU